AUGGGCUUCGGGAAGCUCGCUAGCUACCCCAAGCUGCUCGUGGCCGCCAAUCCCUCGCGCCUCGAGCUGGGUACGCUUUUUGUUGGUCUGGCAUCUUCGAUUGCGUCCGGUGUUCCUUUCCCAAUUAUUGGUAUCAUCUUCGGUCAACUGCUCGACGAUUUCAACGCCGCAACAUGCAGUGAAUCCGAGGGCUCGGGGGCCUCGACCUCCAGCGAGCAAUCCGGUAUUAACAGCAAGAUUCUCCUGAUCGUUUACCUUGGUAUUGCCCAGUUUGUUUUGAUCUAUCUGCACUUGACCUGCUGGACUAUGACUGGUGCGCGUCUGGCGCAGCGACUCCGCGAAAAAUACCUCGAGAACCUGUUGCGACAAGAACCCUCAUUCUUCGAUAACCUGCCCGCUGGAGAAGUCGCCUCCAGGUUGAACACCGAUAUCCAAACAAUUCGCUCCGGUACAGCUGAGAAGGUCGGAAUCUGUAUUUCGAGUUUCUCCUUCUUCGUCACUGCAUACAUUGUCGCCUUUAUUAAAGAUUAUAUUUUGGCCGCAAUGUUGCUUUCUUUGAUCCCCGCCUACUUCUUGAUGUCAUUCACUGGAAGUCAUUAUAUUGAGAAAUAUUCCGGGCGGAUGUCGGACUAUGCGGCUUCCGCAGCGUCGAUUGCUUCAGAGGCGCUUAACAACAUUGUCGUUGUGCAUGCCUUUGGCGCAAAUGACCGUCUGGAAGAGAAGUUUUCCAAGGCGCUGAAGGACUCCGAGACCGAGGGACUCAAGAAAGCCGGUGCCACUGGUAUUCAAGCCGGUGUCUUAUAUUUCAUUGCCUAUGGCGCGAACGGUCUUGCAUUCUGGCAAGGAAGUAAGCGUAUCGCCGACUCCGUGCGCGCAGGCACUUCGGGAGCCACCGUUGGAUCUACCUUCACUGUUAUCUUUGUCUUGGUCGAAGCUACUCUUCUCCUGAGUCAAGUCGCACCUUUCAUUCACUUGUUUACACAGGCUGUUGCUUCUUAUCACAAGCUGCGCGACGAUAUCGACCGCCCAUCGUUGAUCGACGGGUCCUCCGACGCGGGUAUUCGCAUCUCUCAGGCAGAAGGCGGAUUCGAGUUCAACAAUGUCUCUUUCAUUUACCCCUCCCGACCCGAGAUCACUGUGCUCAACAGCAUCAAUCUUUCUAUCGCUCCUAAGAAGCAUACCGCCAUCGUUGGUCUUUCUGGAAGUGGAAAGUCUACCAUUGCUGGUCUGGUCACCCGUUUGUAUGAUGCCACUGAAGGUAACAUUACCUUUGACGGUCAAAACCUUCGCGACUUGAACACCCGUGACUUGAGAGGAUUCCUCAGUCUAGUGCAACAGGAGCCAUCUCUUCUCGACCGUUCCCUUUUGGAAAACAUUGCCCACGGCUUGAUGAACUCGAGCAACCCGGCCCAUGCGCAUCUGAAGACUACCCUACUCGGAACCUCCCUCAAUGACCUUGCCAACGACAUCAGGGAGGGUCAAGAUCUUACCGCCGCAGCUGAGGCGCGGGGUGCUGAGGUUGUCGAAAUCGUCCAAUUGGUCCGAAAGGCUGCUGCUCUUGCCGAUGCCGAUGGUUUCAUCGAGGCCUUGCAAUAUGGAUACGCUACGAUGGUCGGUUCGAGUGGUCGUUUAAUCAGUGGUGGACAGAAGCAACGAGUCUCUCUUGCUAGAGCCCUUGUUAAGGACCCCGCCGUUCUCAUUCUGGACGAAGCCACUGCUGCUCUGGAUUCACGAAGUGAGCAGCGCAUCCAGCGUGCUAUCAACAAUAUCUCCACCGGCCGAACUGUCAUUACCAUUGCUCACCGUCUUUCAACCAUUACCAAUGCAGAUAAGAUUGUCUGUAUGCACAAGGGAGAUAUCCUGGAGCAGGGAACUCACACAGAAUUGAUGGCCCAGAAUGGACCUUACUCCGACCUCGUCAAGUUACAGACUCUUGGAGCUGCGUCUGCUUCUAAGAACGAUACAACUGUCAGCAUUGAGAGCGUUAGCAAGUCUGAUGCUACUUCUAUUACAGAUAUCGAAAAUGAGAAGGGUAGCGUUUCAAACGAUAUUGAUAAUGCCAAGGAUACACACGUCUCAACGACCGAAAAGCCAACUACCGAUUCGGCCGAGGAAGAGGAGGCAGAGCCUGAGACCCCACAAAAGUCGAUCUGGGCUCUUUGCAAGGGAUACUCUCCGGCCUUGAGACCCCAUCUCCUCGUGAUUUUCGCUGCGCUAUUCGGCGCCAGCAUGGUUGGCGGAGCCUUUUCUGGUGAAGCCGUUAUUUUCGGAAACACCGUUGGAAGCUUGAACCCUUGCAAGGGUGCGGCUGAGAUUAUGAACCGGGGUAAUUUCUAUGGUCUGAUGUUCUUCGUGCUUGCCCUCAUUGAGUUCUUUGCCAAUGUUAUCAGCUGGGGAGGAUUUGGCUUUGUUUCAGAGAAGAUUGUCUACAAAGUCAGAGUUUUGUCCUUCCGGUCUUUGUUUGAACAGGAUCUUCAGUGGCACCAGUCUAACGGUCGAUCGCCUGCUCUGCUUCUUUCGUACAUCACGAGAGACGGAAAUGCGUUGGCUGGCCUGAGUGGCUCAGUUAUUGGUACCCUGUUCUCCAUCACUGUCAAUCUCAUCGCCGCCAUCAUUUUGACUCACAUUAUUGCCUGGAGAAUUGCUCUGGUCUGUCUCGCCUUGGUCCCUCUUCUGCUUGGAGCUGGUCUCAUGGAGCUGAUGGUCCUCGGCAAGUUCGAGGAGCGUCAUGAAAAUGCCUACACCAAGUCUGUUGACAUUGGCGUUGAGGCAAUCACCUCAAUCAAAACGAUUGCUUCUCUUUCCCUGGAAGAUAACACACUGCAGACCUACCGUCGCUCCUUGAAGGGACCUCGCCAAGAGACCUUUAUGGUUACCUUGCAAGCAAGUUUCUGGCAGGCCAUGACUUACUUCCUUGGCAACAUGGUCAACGCACUUGCCUACUGGUGGGGUUCUAAGCAGAUUCUCAACGACACAAUUCCUUAUUGUUGUCUUCUCUCCCUUCUGGUCAGCGCCUUGCUUUGGAGUCAGAUGUUCGCUCUGGCGCCCGAACUUUCUGCCGCACGAUCUGCAAUGGCCAGAAUCUUGGGCCUGAUUGAGAUCGGCAAGGACAAGAUGAAUGGAAAGGUCAAUCCCUCCAAGGGCAAGGAUGUGGAGGCCAUCGAAGAAAAGCCCUCUUACGACUCUGGCAACAAGGCCUCGAGCGUGCAGCUUCGUGAUGUCCACUUCUCCUACCCCGCCCGACCGGAUAUGAAGGUUUUGAAGGGCUUGAACGUUGAUAUCCGCCCCGGCAAGUUCUGCGCACUGGUUGGCCCCAGUGGUGCUGGAAAAUCGACCAUCAUCUCCCUGGUCGAGCGCCUGUACACCCCCGAAUCUGGAUCGAUCAUCAUUGACGGUGUCGACGUGACAAAAACCUCUGAUAUCUCCUUCCGCGACUGGGUUUCCCUAGUGCCACAGGACAGUGUACUCUUCGAGGGCAGCAUCGAGUUCAACGUCGGUCUCGGUGCCCGUCCCGGCCACAAUGUGAGCCUCGAAGAUAUUCAGGAGGCUUGCAAGCUUGCCAACAUCCACGAUGUUAUCAUGUCUUUGCCUGAGGGUUACCAGACCCUCUGCGGACCCAGUGGCAACCAGUUUUCUGGAGGUCAGAAGCAGCGACUCUCAAUUGCUCGUGCUCUUGUCCGCAAGCCCAAGCUUUUGAUUCUUGACGAAUCGACUAGUGCCUUGGACGCUGAGUCUGAGAAGCUCUUGCAAGAUGGUCUUGAGAAGGCUGCUCGAGGAAUCACUGUCAUUGCCAUUGCUCAUCGCCUUUACACUAUCCGCAAGGCAGAUGUUAUUUUCUUGAUUGAUGGCGGUGUGUGCACUGAUUCUGGAUCGCACGACGAAUUGCUCGAGCGGUCCGACAGCUACAGGGCCAACGUCAUGCACCAGACAGUGGCAACCUGA